AUGGAUACCGACAUUGAUCCAAGCCGGCCUCGUCAGAUCCUCGCCAUCUCGAUUUUCUUCUUGGUUCUCACCUGGAUUGCGGUCCCAUUGCGAGUCUACUCGAAAAUUGCUCUGAAACAAGAAUUUGUGCUUGAUGACAAGCUCCUUUGCCUAGUGCAAGCAAUAUACACGACAUAUCUUACCAUGUCAAUAUUGGGCGUUGUACAUGGUCAGGGUCGUGACGCAACGGAAAUAUCUCCAGAGCACAGAAGAAUAGCUUUCCAGUAUUUUUUUUUCGCCGAACUUCUCUACAUAACAACAACCAUCCUUUUGAAAGUAUGUGUUGGCAUUCUUCUUCUACGCAUCGCCAUCAUUUCAACGCACAUCUGGAUUUUACGAAUCAUCCUCUUCCUGACAAUUCUCUUCGGAAUGGGCUACUUAUUUCUCGUCGUCUUCCAGUGUCGACCUGUUAGCAAAUUCUGGGACGAAAGCCCCCGCUCGCCUGGCCAUUGCUUCAAUAUUAGCAUCGUGCUUGGGACCACUUUCACGGCAGCGAUAUUGAACUGCAUUGCGGACUGCACAUUCGGACUUUUGCCGUUGCUCAUUGUUUGGUCGCUCCAUAUGCGUCGGAAGACCAAAGCCCUAGUCAUUAUUUUACUGGGGUUUGCGUCCAUUGCAAGUAUAGCCACUAUCAUUCGGGCGAUCACUAUACCAUCCAUACUGAGUGAGGAAAACUUCCUUCGUGAUACUACAAACUUGGCUAUCUGGAGCGCUAUAGAGCCUGGAAUAGGCAUAUCAGCAGCCUGUGCGCCGGCUUUGUGUCCUAUUGCCCGACAACUGUGUGGCAACAGACAACGGCAACGGCGCGAACGGGGAAUCUGGCGGACGAGGCCUCUCCCAACAAUCAACAUCACGAUUCCAUUAUCGAAUAAUUCAUCGGGUCCAAUGGAGUGCCAAGAAGAAACUACUUCGAUGUACAAACCUGGGCAACCACAUGAGAACUCUACUAACGAACGCCAAACGCCUCAGCUAUGGCCGCGUACCAGGCAUUUGCUGACUCGAACUUAG